CCUUCACAACUGGGCACCCGGACCAUCUCAGUCGAUUGGGGAGCAGCCCUUAUUAGAGGCACAUGGCUAAUAUGUCCAGUAUCUGACCACCAUAUAACUCCGCUGCUAGAUCAGGACUUCGUAUCAACACGAAAGAUCAUCCAGGAAAGAAACCUCAGGAAAAGCCAUGCAGAACCACCCUGACCAUCAUGUCCCGGCGCUCUCCGCUCCAUCAUGCUCGUGGAAGUCGAAUAGAGUCGAUGUGGUAUCGUCAGGGAAUCAUCGCGUCACACCAGUGCGCCUCCGGAUCUUGCUAUCCAAGCCCAGUGCAAGCUGACAGCAGCAGCAGGCGUGGGCAUUCACACCUUGUGGCAAACAAGAUGCGGCUUACGAUCACGCCAGAAGAGUAUGCAACGCAUGCCGUUCAUGCCCUUGUCACCGGCGCCGACGUUGUCUCCUCCGUCGACCUCAGGAACAGCGCAGACGAUCAGUCGGCCCACCUCGUUCUUGUCCACAAUCUGGCAGUCGACCAAACCUUCGAUAGCAUCGUCUUCAGACAGGAAACCUCCACUCGUGACAGCCGCAUCCUGGAUACCGUCCGGGACCCAGCAGGUCUCCUCGCACGACGAUGUGUCUGGGCUGCAGAACCACGCGCACUUCUCCGUCUUGCCAUCGUUAUCCUUCUGACCCAGGACAACCGUGGUCGUACCAGGCCCGAGUGGGAUACCCAGUUUAUCAGGUUGCGCGUUGGUAGUGGCAAGAAGGUCUGCUGUGUUGGCGAUUACGGCGGGUUCGAUCAUGUCGGCUGUGGAGCCAGAAGGAGGGUGGGCAGGAUUGAUGCACAGCGGGCGGCACCACGCGUGUACACAGACGAUGAUGCAAGAGUUCAGCAGAGGUUCCAGAAACUCACGCUUGCCCACUUCCUGCACUGCGACUUUGUUGUUCUCGCUGGUGGGUUGGGUAGCAGCGAGGUCAGUGAAAUCAGUGAAGUCGCCGGCCUGGCAUGAUGUGCACUGGCCUCUUGUUAGCUGCGUCAUUCCGCCGGCUGAGCGAGCAAGAGAAGAAAGGUACCUUGUCGCCGUAGUAGCUGCACAAGAAGUUGCGGCAGAAGUCGACAUCGUGGUUGUGGCGAAGACAGCGCGCGUACUCGGACUGGCAGGGCGUUGUGGCAGCGUUGCCCAGAAUCGAGGGCGGCGCUGGAAGAGCGGUGAUGGUGAUCACGAAGAAGAAGAGGGCGAGGAGCUUGAUGAGGUGAGGUAACAGCAUUGUGAG